UAUAGAAAGAUAGCUGGAAAGACUCACUCUUUCACAAAGAUCUUCAUCAAUGCUGCAGUUAGAGAGGAUCUCUCUUGGUUUUCAUCUAUUCUGUCAGAUUCUGUAGGUGUUCAUUUUGUUGACUCAGCUCUCUGGGCUAACUCAGAAGCUGAUAUAAUAUUUUGGAUGGAUGCUAGCUUAAAAAACACAUUAUCAUUCAUUUUUGCAGAAAAUAGUUUUAUAUAUCAGCUCCAUCUACCAUCUAAAGAUAUGAUUGACAUCUUCUUUCUCAAACUUGUUGCUAUUCUUUCAGCCAUCUAUUAUGCAGUAUCUCUAUCCAAACCCCCUUGUCACUUUUUACUUUUCACUGAUAGCCUUGAUUCUAUCACUGCAUUUGAUUCUCUAUCAGUAUCAGAACCUCUUUAUAAUAGACUCUUACUUGGAGCUGCAGGCCUGAUACUCUAUUUAGAAAUUGAUAUUCAUAUUUGA